GGUGGUCUGAGACUGGUCUUAUCCGCAUCCCCUGCGCUUUGCUAACGUAGAGCAGGAACAGCGAGGAGAUAGGAGGGAGAGAAAAUGUUGAAUUCUUUAGGUUCACCCACAACUAUAUGCUGCCUUCCAAAAGCAUGUUCUGGAAUUCCGAAAUCUUCCUUCAAUGGCAUUCAACUUCGCGGCAUCCGCUCAAUUCAACCAUGUCUUCAGAUGAAAUCGUAUCGACAUCCUUCUUCUACAGUAGUAAUGAUGGCAAAGAGAGAGGAGGAAUUGAAGGAAAUUAGAGCUAAAACCGCUGAAGAAAUCAACGAAGAGGUUACUGAUCUUAAGGGCGAGCUUCUCAUGCUUCGGCUCCAGAAAUCUGCUCGGAACGAGUUCAAGUCCAGCGAGUUCCGUCGGAUGCGCAAGAGGAUUGCUCGCAUGCUUACUGUGAAGCGGGAAAGGGAGAUUGAGAAGGGAAUCGGCAAGAGGUUAUCUAGGAAACUUGAUCGGAAAUGGAAGAAAAGUAUUGUCCCCAGGCCACCUCCCUCUUUAAAGAAACUGCAGGAGGAAGAAGCAGCUGAAGAAGCUGAAAAAUCUGCAUGAGCCAACACAUUAGUAUUUUAAUUACUUCCAGCGUUGUAGUUUUGUGUAUUAAAAUUAUUGCUCAAUUAUCAUUAUUUCUUUUGGUGGAUACUGCUAAGUAGUAUAUAGUAUCUUGUUGGUAGUCUGAUAUGUGUUCCUUCCGUACAUGAGGUUCGUUUCCCCAGAUUUGGGUAACAAAUAUUAUAACCCGAGGGCCAAAUUGCAUUUGAGAUU